GAGUAACCCUGGCUACCUGGGUUAUUUUUUACGUUAUCUGACAUUUUAUGGAUCAUUCUGAUGAUGCCUUUUUUAUUAUUGUGUCUAUUAUUUUCUAUAAUUAUGAACAUACAAACGACAUGAUAGUUAAUGGUGGAAACUGUUGGUGGGUUGCGAGGGUCAGGCAUUAACGAUAGUGAGUGUAUAACGUUCGACCUUUAGAUGUCAUCGGCGCUUAUAAAACGUCGAUUUACAUGUCUUCGAUAACCUGUCCGAACCAGGCGAUAAAGCAGGAAUUAAAUUUCUAAAGAUGUUACUUUUAAAGACAUGAAAGAGAUAGAGUAUAGACAAAUAUACUUGUAGAUAAGAGUGAGAAAAGAAUCAGCUUUGAACUGAAGAAAAAUUUGUGCUGUGUUACGAAAGUUUUCCACCGUCCAGUUUUUUUGUGUGUCUGCGUGGAUAAGGUUAAAGAACCCGGUCGAGUCUCUCGGACAGGUGGGUCGUGAAAUAUUUCCCGUCUAACAAGUUUUCCGUGGGUUAAAAUACAACACGUAUACACAAUGCACUUGGCAUUUAGUUUAAUUAGUGAUUUGGAAUCUAAGUAAAUAUCACUGACAUGGGGCAAUGGAUUCAAAAUUUUGUAAAUUCACAUCGACGUGAAAACGUUAGGAAUAAACAUUCCAUGAGAAUUAUCAGGCAUAUAAAAAUUACCGUUACGUAAAGUGAUAAUAACCUUAAGAACAGUUACAAUUGAGGACCAUGGCAUCAACAUUCAGCUCAGCCAAGGUGCUCAUGAGCAAAGGGAAACGUGGAGCUGCUGCAUACAUCCGUGAUCAAUAUUGUAGUUCAGUCGCAGGCGAUAAUAAACAACAGAAUAUUAAUGAGUUACUAGAUACUUUAUUAAAUCCAGGAAAACCUAUCGAUGAUUGGGAAACCAUUGAUUGGUGUAAAUGGCUUAUGGCUGGAGGAAGAACUCCAGAUGAGUUUUCAAGUACAGUGAGACUGUAUGAUAACGCGACUACCUGCGGUUUGGUUUGGACUCCGAACUUUGUCGCAUACAGAUGUCGUACUUGUGGAAUAUCACCCUGCAUGGCAUUAUGUCAGGAAUGUUUUAAAAAAGGGAACCAUUAUCGUCAUGACUUCAACAUGUUUCUUAGUCAAGCAGGAGGUGCAUGUGAUUGUGGUGAUACGUCUGUAAUGAAAGAAAUAGGUUUUUGUGACCGACAUGGACCUAAAGCCGUGGUUGAUAAAUCUCCUGCUCCAAUAGAUCUCAUGUGUGUUGCAGAGGCAAUGAUGCCUCGUAUGAUUUUACGUCUGAUACAGCAUCUUCGGGAAAAUUGCAAAGUCAGCGCUCCAGAUUUCCGAGUUGCAAUUCAAGAUGCUGAUGCGUAUUUAACGAUGCUUCUUGAUCUCAAUCACAUGGGUGCUUUGAUGCGUCAUGUGAUGACUUCAGUGUUGACCAGUCCCCAGAAAUAUCGGGGACUCAUGGAUCCUACUAAUUCUACAGGAAUUGCAGAAUACGACCGAUAUUGUCAAGAAAGUCAUGAUAUUUAUCAAGACGCAAUAAAAUCUUUGCCGAAUCCAGAACCACUUGAUGAGUAUAAAGAUUGUCCUUCUCUUCAAGAGGACUUGGUCCAUACAACGUUUCUUGAAGAACUUAUGUUCUGGACUGUUGCGUAUGAGUUUCCACAAAAGCUUGUUUGUCUUUUGCUUAAUAUGUUGCCCGAUCCUGAUUACAAAGAAGCUCUCACCAAAGCAUUUGUUCUUCAUUACAGUAGAAUCGCAAUGAUGUUGGAACGGUCAAAUGAUCCAGAUACACUUAGUAAUCGUGUUGUUCAUGUAAGCGUUCAAUUGUUUAGCAAUGAACGUUUAGCAUUGCGUAUGGUAGAUCAACUUAAAUUGCUGCAUGUUAUGGUUAUAAGCCUCAAAUAUAUGAUGAGUAAAAUUCUUGUGGAAAAUACAUUACAUGCUCCAAACAAGAAUUUUCAUUUUGUUGUCGAUUGUGGUCGUCCAGUUAUGAAAGAGCAUUGCUAUUGGCCUCUUGUAUCAGAUCUUAAUAAUGUUUUAUCUCAUAAACCUGUAGCUGUUCGAUUUCUUAGUGAUGAUGCGCUACUAGAAAUGUGGUUUGACUUUUUAUCUAUGUUUCAAGGUAUGAAUGUUAAUCAACGUGAAAUGGGUGCUCACGUGGAAUUUGAACCAACCACGUAUUAUGCGGCAUUUAGUGCUGAACUUGAAGCAAGUGCUUACCCAAUGUGGGCCUUAGUUUCACAUCUUCGUGGUCCUGAGAGUAUAUCAGUAAGUCGCCGGGCUUUAUCCUUCUGUCUUACAGCACUUCAAGAUUGGUUGGAUGCUAUCGGUUUUACAAGUCCUGAUGUGUGUGAUGUAUUACAUGUAUCUUUUCAUAUUCCUCUGCAUCGUUACUUCGCAGUUUUCAUGUGUGAAAUUGUACGCCAGCAAGGAGUAACUCUUGAAGAACUUCUACCACCAACAGAUAUGCUCCAUUUGCUGAUGAUGCAUCCAUUACGAGUCCAAGUGGCUUUAUAUGAAAUCCUUAAUGGUCUUUGGGUCCGCAAUGGCUUACAGAUCAAAGGUCAAGCAAUGACAUAUAUCCAAUGUAACUUUUGUAACUCUAUGGUCGAUGCCGAUCUGUACCUUUUACAAAUUUGUGCAAUGAAGCUUCAGCCGGAUAUUUUUUUGAAAACAGUUAUCGAUAAAUUCCAUGUGAAAGAAUGGCUUAGUUUGCGCACUGUACGAUCGCGGCAAAAUGUGCUUCUUAUUGGUGAACAUGAUACGGCAAUGAUGGAGAGUUGUCUUAUAUUCCUUGCCACAUUAAUAAGUGUAAGAACAAAUCUUGGACUGACAGAUUCACAAGUUUCCCAUUUAGAAAUGGUAACUUUGCUGUGUAUGGGUGAUAAAACUCACAGCCAACUGAUGGAUCUAAUGCCAGAACGAUGUGGUACAACACCUAAUCGAGAUUUCGAACCAGUUCUUGCGGAAGUUGCACAAUAUAAAGCACCAAAUCUUGAAGCGAGUGGCACAAUGCAACAAGGCAUGUAUGGACCUAAACCUCAAGUAUGGGAGGAACUCUAUGAUCCUCUUUAUGUUUUACUGCGUGCUGUUCAUCGUCGAGAUUAUCAAGUGUCAAUGGAUCGUUACACAGAAUAUGUAAAGUCUACUAAACUUAAAAGUGGUUCGACUCUUUGGCCACCAUUUCGAAAUCCUGCACCUGUAUCUUCUGAAUACGAUGAUCCAAGGGUUGUACUUAAAUCACGAGUUUUUCAUGCGAUGGCUUUUGUGAUCCUUUAUAAAGCUGUUAAUGAUCAUAAUAUCUCAGAACAUAUAGUGGCUCUAUUAGUAUAUCUUCUCGAAAUGGCUGUAAUUACCUCAGAUAUUCCGAAAAAAAGUGCUAAUCCUUUAUGUCCUUAUACUGGUAGUGUUUCCUGUGCCGCAAAAGAUGCAGAUUUUAGUAAUUGGUAUGAAACAGAUAGUUUAGUAGAAAAUUUGAAAGCUGUAAUACCCAGAUCAACGAUUAUUCAUUCAUCUUCUGAAUACAAUCCUGAAAACAAUUCAGACUGGGAAAUAGCGAGUGACAUUACUGAAAGCUCGUUAAUGUUAAAUGAUGAGUUCGAUGUGGACAUUGGUGAAUCUCCUGAAGUUUGGGACUUAGACUUAUUGGGUGAAACUGAUAAUGAACAUAGGAAUACGACUGCUCCUAUGGAGACCGGAUCAUUACCUGCGUUACCUGCUAAUGAAACAUUGGCUGAAUGGGACCUGACUAUUGUACCUGCAGAUGAAGUACCGCGUGACAACAUUGAAGACGACGAAAUACCAGCUCGUCAAAGAGCUUUGCCACCGGCCGUUGAAGAAUCCAUGGCACUAGUUCCCAAUACACAUUCUCCGAGGCUUUUACCGAUGACCGAAUCAUCGAGAUUUUCCCGUGUGCCGCAGCGUGGAACAGCAAACCCGGCUACAAGCAAUGAAGUAGAUCUUUUGCAAGUUUUGUUUCCACGACUUGGUGCUGCUGGUGUUACCUCGACUGAUAUUGUGCCUUCAACGUCUCAUUGUCAGCAACAGAUUGUAAAUAGAGACAACCAGAGUGGACAAAUAUAUCAAGCUGGAUCCAAAACUGGAGAGAAUAUAAUUUCUCUACUGUUAAAACUUCAUUCUCAACUAUCAGGUGUGCCUGAUAGUUGGAAUCCAGACGAAGUUCCAAGCUUUGUUCCUAAUGAAGGCAGUAGUGCAAGCAAAAUAUUUAUGACAUCGCAACCUGUAGAAUCGCGGAUCGGUGAUGGCCCAUUUUUUAUUGGUCAAUUACUAAAAAAAAUUUCGAGGCUCGAUCCAAGCUUAAACCAAAAUAUAUCUGAAAUUAGGAAUAAAAUUUGGCCUCAAAAUAAAGACUGUGAAGAUGCCCAGCGUGAGCGUGAACAUCGAGAACGUGAAGAAAAACGCAAAAAAGCGAAAGAAAGGCAACAAAAGCUUAUGGCUGAUUUUGCUAAUCAACAAAAACAGUUCAUGAAAAAGGCGAUGGAAACUGAUGAAGCGGGAGCAUCUGGUAUGGAUUGGGAUCACAGUGAAACAUCAAAUCAAUUAACUAGUAAAAAAGAAUAUGAUUGUGUUAUUUGUAAUAGAACAACUUCAAGUACUGACGAAAAACCAAUGGGGCUUGUUGUUUUAGUCCAAGCAACUAGUGUGAUAGGUCAUGAGAGACAGCAACCUGAAAGACUUCAAUUACCAACUUCUGAUGAUGAUUCAUCUAUACCAAAAAAUAGCACUCGAGGCGCUUAUUUUGAUUAUCGAAUUGAUGAGAUGCACAAACAUUUUGAUACAUUUUCGUGGCUAUUAUCUGUUAAUUUAGGUUGGGAAGGUGGAGUGUAUGUACAAACUUGUGGUCAUCAUCUCCAUUUAGAUUGCUUGAAAGCUUAUAGGCAGUCUCUUAGAAGUCAACAGAGACAACAGAGUCUUGCAGUUGAGCGAGGCGAAUACCUUUGUCCUCUGUGUCGUCAACUCGCCAACUCCGUGCUCCCGCUUUCUCCUCAACUUGGAGAAUGUUCUGCUAUUGUUCGGUCCCGUCACACUUGUACUUCAGCAAUUCUUUCUGAAUUAAAUAACUUUCUCAAAGAAAUUCAACGUAAUCCAGUUUCAUCGAACUUAUCUAUGGCAAUGGGAAAAGCCAUGGAAGAAAUGACGGCUUCAACAUACUUAAAGUAUAAGCAAAAAAACUGCCAACCUAGUCACCAAAGUCUGUUUCUUUUUGUCACAUCAGUUGCAAGAACUAAUUUAGAAGUAGAGCUUGUUCAGCGCGGUGGAUCGUUGUGUUCAUCAUCACAAGAAACAGUGUUAUUAACACCAAAACGAGAUUGUAUAGUCGCACUUUUUCACGUUUUAGCGAUGCAUGCAAGAGUUUUGACAAACUGGCCAGUACAUCAAACUUGGCAGUACAUCUCCGGAUUACCUUCAGAUUUAGCGACUCCGCUUGCCGUCGCUCCGCAUGAGCGUGAAGUCCCUUUCCUCCUUAGAGAUCCUACUGCACUUCUUAUUCAAUUCAUUCUUCUUUUACCACUACAUAUCGAUCAAACAUAUUUUUCAAGUGUAGUAAAAGUAAUUUAUAAUCUUCUAUACUAUCAAGUUAUUGUUCAAGUGAGCUGUACCUUAACAAAAAGUGAAAGAAAUAAAAAGACAAGAUUACCUGAACGAAAUACCUCUUCGGCAUUGAUGUCUUCCGACUCUAUUAUUCGCAUGGUUAUUAAUCACUUUGAACAAACAGACUUUUAUGAAGAUGAACCAUCUUAUCGGCCAAGUAGAUCAAUUGAACAACAAAUUCAAACACUCUGUUUGCCAUUUUUGCGAAUCGCGGCACUUUUACGUCAUCAUUUGUAUUCACAACCUCUUCCCGAUAUACGAAUACCUGAGGAUGAAUUUGUAAGACUUGUUUAUUAUCUCGAGCUCGUAACAGAAGGCAUGGAUUGGGAUUGUUUUAAUGCAGCAGUCGCACUCAAUUGGCAGAAUGAUGAAGUUGGUAAGGCAGUUCCUCAAAUGUGGUGCGAUCAGUUUCUUGCUUUUUAUAGAAGAAGUCAAAUUGCUGCUAAGAGACUUAUAGCUGAUCAACACAUAUUUUGGCAGGCACCAAAGUUACUGAGUCUUCCUAGGGAAUACGAGAAACUCUUUACGUUUUAUCAUGCAAGACAGUGUUGCAAGUGUCAUUUAGUACCUCCAGAAAUCAGUAUCUGUCUACUAUGUGGAACGAUAGUCUGCCUAAAACAAAGUUGUUGUAAGCAACAGAAUGUAGGAGAAGCUGUUCAACACUCGAUUGAUUGUGGUGGAGGCACUGGUAUUUAUUUAGUGGUAACAUCAACAUAUAUUAUAGUAAUACGAGGGCGUAGAGCUUGCUUAUGGGGUUCUCUUUACCUGGAUGAUUUUGAAGAAGAAGAUAAAGACUUAAAACGAGGUAGACCUUUAUAUCUUAGCCAAGAACGAUAUCAACUUCUAGAACAACAAUGGCUUGCUCACCGUUUUGAUCACACGAAGAAAACAUGGGUAUGGCACCGUGAUGCUCUGUGACCCUUAUCAUCGAGUAUAACUAGAUUCCAUAAUCUUAUUGACAAAAGUAACAAUUUUUCUCAGCUGUUUAACUGAGAUUACCUAGUUGUAACAUCUUUUAAACAAGUUUAGACGUAGCAAUAAAUUAAUGAAUUUUUCUAAAAUAAAUUUGUAGGUAACAAAAACAUUGAGUUAUAAGUAAGAUUAAGUAAAUAUAAAUAUAUCCAUUAGAUAAAUUUAUUGCAAAUAAAUAAAUUAUAGUCUACAAUCAAUAAACUAUGCUUAAGAAAAAUAUUUUAGUCACAAAUAAAUACUCAAUUGGUGGUGAUUAUAAAAUUUAUAAAAUAAAUUACUUGACAACUAACAAGCAUUUUUAGUCACUGAGAAUACGUAAAAUAGAUUUCAGAGAAUGGCAUAUAUUUUUAGUACUUGUCACUCUAUUUAUUUUUAGGCAGAAAUCUUUGACGAUGCCAAGAACAACCAUUAAGACACAAAUUUUAUUUUAUUUAUUUCUUUUUUUUAUUUUUAUUUCAAUGUAUUCUCUGUAAAUAUGUAAUUGAAUGUUAUAUUAAAUUAAUAUUGUAAAACAAAAAUAAAAAAGAUACUAUAUUGAGCAAAAAAAAGAAAAAUUAUAAAAAUCCUGUAAAAGAUUUGUACAUAAAUAUUUGAAUUAACAUUUUUACAAAUGUAUGUUGAUUCGUCAAGUGAAAAUUUGAUUUCUGAAACUAGAUUAAUAAAUGAAAGUCGGAUAUAGUUAAUUUAAUCCUUCAGAA